AUGAUUACGCGUAAUUAUUUGUGUGUAUUAAUCUUUUUCGCAGUAACAAAUGUGUCUUUGGGUAUCGAUUUGCCGGAUAUUUAUGACAUGGACCGAAUCAAUUCUUUUGUAAUUGGCCUAAAUAUAAGAUCUGCUAUCGACUACAAUCCAGGAAACAAGAAACUCAAUGAUACUGAAGGUAACAAAGAAUUCAAAAAGAUUCUAAUCGACCUUACAAGUCUAUUAGAAGAGCUAAAUUCGAUAGCCAAUUCCUCGGAGGACAACUAUUGGCCAAAUGAUUUCUACAAGUUCAUAAAAACGCUGGAAGACUAUCAGGUGAAAGUAGGUUACACGGAAUCGUCUCUCGAUUUGAUGACUUAUAUAAAACAAAUUGAAAAUAAGCACAGUGCUAUUGACGCAGUCGUCAGAUCAUUAAUUUUCUUUCGCCACAAUAAUUAUUUCUCUGAUUUCAUUCACUUCUGCCCCUAUUUUAUAGGAUUUCUUGAUUUCAUUCAGAAUGACCACUAUGACCAAUCGAUUUCGUCAGUCUACGAAGACUUUUUAUGCGCAUUGAGAACGAAAAUGGCCAGUGAGAAUCAGCACAAUUUCUGUGGCAAGACCAGUUCAUUCCGCGUAGGAUUGUUCAAUUUCUUCCGUUUAGUAAUGACACCGUUUUUAAAAAGGUACACUAUGAUCCGUUUUGCCCAAAUUGCUGGGACACGAUGUCAAAACCGCUCUGUUCUUUCAGUACCUCCAGGAGAGUUUGAAGAAGAUUUUUCAAAUGCCAUUCGGUUGACCAAAAAAUUGCUGGAUGACGUCCAGUAUUACACCUAUCGCUGUGACGUAAAAUAUUUCGAUAGAUAUAAUAAAGAUUUCUAUUACUACGAAUUAGAGAAAAUGAUUCAGACUAUAAUAAUUGAAGAAAGGUUGAUGAGUGUUACGGGUUCUUGCAGUCACAAUUGUUAUCUAAGUCAGCUGACUGGUCCUAUUAAUCGAACGGAGUGCAGCAGUUUUCAGGAAUGUCAAUAUAUUACCUCGGGUUAUACUAUUUGUAAAUCUGACGAGAAGAGUUCAAGGCGCUACGAGUGGUUUGUAGGCCGAAAUGGUGAAGAAUUUGGCGAUACAGAUCAUCGACAAUGUCGAGGCAAGUUAACAACUAGGGACAGUUAUUACAGUCCAUCUCGAAUUCGAGAUUGUGAUUUUUGUGUAUGCACUUGUUUUGCGAACUCACUGAGCAAGUAUCAGCACAUCAACGUCAUCAGCUUCAGAGAGCAAGUUUCUGAUAUCACGGAAAACAAGAUAGUCGUAGAAGUGAGGUUCGCGAAAAAGGACAAUGUGAUCCACGUCCAGAUCAAAGAGGGCAAAGGGAAUCCCAACGGAUUGAUCACCAAUUCUACAUGGAAGCCAUUAGAAACUUUUAAGGAAUUAUAUCAACCUUUUAGAUAUGUUGUUAAGGUCAAUGGUACCUUACGAACCCUGAAAUUGGGAGUAGAUUAUACCAGACCUGAAAGCGUGAACUUUAAUAAUUUGGUCGCUCGUGAUGGUUUCGCUGUCACGGGAGUCAAAUUUUCAGGUGUUGCAGAUCCUGGUUUUAAUUUACUCAAUAAUGUAAGGGUUCAAUUUCAAAUUCGUGUGACUCCUUAUGAUUACAUCACCGUUUUUUUCAGAGAAGAAAUGAUCUAUAACAGUCCAGAUAUUCCGUUGAACUCACCAAAGAAUUUUAUCAACUCGAAAACAGACCAGUUUAUCAAAUUUGUAAUGUCGGAUUUGAAAAAAGACGCUGGGCAAUCAACAAUACCGUUUUUUAAUAAUAAUAUAUAA